GUCAGGUCUUUCUUCAGCUCGGGUGGCGGCCAUUUUCCUGGAGUCUAUAACGUAUGGGAGGAGCUGUCAGUUUCAGUACCGACCAGUGGAGACAGGGAGGGUACGCUCAGUUCGGCCUCUUGUGACAGAGGGACGCUUGAAUGCUUCUUUAAUGCAGUAGUUGGAAGUUCUAAGAAAGAAGUAAAAUGAAGUCUUCUGUAUUGACAAGUGUGCUCUGUAUUCUGUAUCUAUGUGUAGAGAUCAGCCAUCAAUACAAAGUCCAUCCAAGGAAAUUAAAACAUGUAAAGGAAGAGGUUGCUGGUUAUAAGGAUAUAGCUAAAUCCAUUAUAAACCUUGCUGUUUAUGGCAGCGCUCAGAACAGAUCCUAUGAGCGGUUAGCCCUUUUUGUAGACACCAUCGGAAAUAGAAUCAGUGGCUCUGAUAAUCUCAAUAAUGCUAUCAAGUACAUGUAUAAGGCCCUGCAAGAGGACAAGCUGCAAAAUGUGUCACUGGAACCCGUGAAAGUCCCACACUGGAAACGCGGGAAAGAGUCGGCUAUGAUGAUCCAACCACGGAAGAAAAAUCUGGCUAUGCUUGGACUUGGAGGCAGUGUUGGAACUCCAGAGGGAGGAAUAACAGCAGAAGUGAUGGUGGUGUCUUCAUUUGAUGAACUACAUAAGAGAGCUGGGGAGGCCAAGGGGAAGAUUGUUGUGUACAACCAGCCAUUCAUCAGUUAUGGGGAGACUGUACAGUAUAGAGCAUUUGGAGCCGCCGAAGCUGCUAAGGUUGGGGCAGUGGCCUCUUUAGUCAGAUCAAUAGCACCAUUCUCCAUUAACAGCCCACACACAGGAUGGCAAGAUUAUGAGAGUGGUGUCAAAAAGAUCCCCACUGCCUGCAUCACAAUUGAAGAUGCUGAACUCAUGGCUCGAUUAGCAUCACAUGGUGUUAAAAUUGUUGUUAAUCUCAAUAUGGGAGCCGUACAGUAUCCAGAUGCUGAUUCAUUUAAUACAGUCGCAGAAAUUGUUGGGAGCAAAUAUCCAGAACAGGGCACAAGACAAGGCUUCAGUAUAGGGUGCAGGAGUACAUCGGCGCUGAACGGACCCAGGACACAGCAGGUUGUGAUUGUCAGUGGACAUCUGGACAGCUGGGAUGUCGGGCAAGGAGCCAUGGAUGAUGGUGGUGGAGCCUUUAUCUCAUGGGAAGCGCUCUCGCUCAUUAAAGACCUCGGUCUCCGUCCUAAAAGAACAAUUCGUCUGGUGCUAUGGACAGGAGAAGAACAAGGAGGAGUAGGGGCCAGGCAGUAUUACGAUAACCACAAGAAAGACAUUGCCAACAUGGACAUUGUCAUGGAGACAGACAUCGGUACCUUUAUGCCACUGGGUAUUCAGUUUUCAGGAAAGCCAGAAGCCAGGGCUAUAAUGUCGGAAGUUAUGAAGCUACUGGAACCCAUCAACAUAACCAAACUUUAUGACAACGCUGAGGGAACCGACAUAAGUUUUUGGAUGGAGGCCGGUGUCCCAGGUGCAAGUCUUCUCGAUGACAUAAAUAAAUAUUUCUGGUUCCAUCAUUCGGAAGGAGACACAAUGACCGUCCAGAACCCGAUGUGGAUGAACCUCUGCGCCGCUAUCUGGACUGUCGUUGCUUAUGUAGUUGCCGACUUGGAGGAAAUGUUACCAAGAUGAGGAGAAGAAAAAGCUGUGAAUGAGGAUCCUAGACUGUGAAGACAUUUACUCAUCCACUGGCGCAGUCAAUAUUACCGUCAUGUUAUUACAAUAUAUGUUUCAUUUUAAUAAAAUUCAAUUAUUUCUCUU